GUUUGUUUGAAUCCGCAUUUGUAUUCCGCAACAAGUAAACUAACUACUAAGACGCGGUGCCCAAGGGCAGCAGGUAUGGAAGGACGAUCACGUCUUUUCGGCCGUUUCAAUCGAGCAUGUUUCGUUGCCUGAUUUCGGUUGUAUGGAGAUGUCGUGGAGGAGUUUCGAGCGCAGCAUAGAGCAUAGAACAUAACCAUACGGGGAGGGGGGAUUGGCUUGGCUAGGGCCGGUUGGAGCCGCAUCGGGUGUUGUUCAGCCGUUGUCCAGGUCGUCGUCGUCGUCGUCGUUCUCUUCGUCGUCCGAUAGCUCCGGUUCCGGUUCGUCUUCUAGCACGGGAUUCUCUCGGUCCUGCCACACUCGUCCAUUUCUCGUGAAUGCCCCGGAUUCCUUCAAGAAUUCUGCCAACGCAACGAUUCCUUCUUUCGUCCCAAGGAUGUCGCGCAGGCCGAAGUUGGCGGAGGUGGCUCGUAUGAUUGGUCGUUGCGCGUCGUAUAGAGGGCAUUCACGGAGGAUAUGCACGUGUGCACUCCGUUCGUCUGAGAUUCCAAGUCUUCGAGCUCUUAUUUGUCAAAUCUGUAUCCCCGUAAUAUCUCUACACAGAAUUUCAGUAGCCAGUAAUUUUUUUCUCCUUAGAAAAUAAGAAAGAUUCUGACAUCUUUUACUUGGCCGAAAAUAUGUCGGUCGUGGGCGUUAUUCGCGCCCAUGCCCUUGAAUUUUAGUGAGGUUUGGAUGGCAAGUAGGAGUGUCUGAGGCGAAGUUAGACUUUCAGAUCCACAGCAGGACUGGUACUGAGAUGGAUCCACGACGAUUGGCCGAGACAGGAUAGUCGGACCAUCGGUCCGUACGCCGAUUCUCACGUCCGGGCCGAUAGAUCCCGUGAGUCCUUCUCCCCCCACAAAAAGCUGCACUGGAACGAUCAGGAAUCCAGUUCCGCUGCUUCUCUUUCCUGAACCUCUCCUCUCUCUCCGAAUAUGUCCUCCAGCAAACCGAAGGUCAUCGUGUGCAAGACUCUGGGCCAGGCAACGCCCAUCUUGAUGCAGCACAAGGACGUCGUGGAUUUCGUCAUCUGGGAUCGCGAUGAGGCGUGCGAUCGGGCAUGGCUGCUGGAGAACAUUAAGGGCGCAGCGGGGCUGAUGGUUCUGCUAGGAGAGAAGGUAGACCAGGAGCUUCUAGAUGCCGCUGGACCCACUCUACGCGUCGUAUCGACUGUCUCUGUUGGAUACGAACACAUCGACCUUCCUCUCACUGUCUCGCGCGGCGUCCGGGUCGGAUAUACUCCAAAUGUGCUGACAGAAGCAGUCGCCGAUGUCGCCGUCAUGCUCGCACUGAUGGCCAGCCGCAGCGACGGCCAGAUCUACAACCUCGUCAAAACCGGCAGUUGGGCCCAACCGUCGCUCGUCUGGUCCCCGUUCCUCUUUUGCGGUCCACAGCUCAGCACGACAUCGACGUCGCCGACACGGACAGUCGGCUUCCUCGGCUUCGGCCGCAUCGCACAGGCGACGCUCAAGCGGCUCGCUGCAUUCGGCAUCACCCACUGCAUCUACUCUGGCAACCCGAAAUCCGGCAACACCAUCAGCGCCGCACACGCCGAGCGCGACGCCGCGCUCAAGAAGAAGCUCGAGCUGCAGUCGAUCGAGCGCGUCGAUCUCGACCGCCUCGCGCUGGAGAGCGAUUUGGUCAUAUUGUUGACGCCGGGAGGGAAGGACACAUACCACGCGAUCGGGGAGGACUUUUUGAAGAAGAUGAAGCCGAUGAGCGUCAUCGUGAAUGCGGGGUGAGAGUCAACGAUUUGAUCAAGGUCGCGCACUGAUCCCUUCCAGCCGUGGUACAGUGGUUGAUUCCGACGCGCUUUCCAAAGCCCUGGAAGAGAAAUGGAUCUGGGGCGCCGGAUUAGAUGUGAUCGAGGGCGAGCCCAAGAUCUCUGCCGAUCAUCCGCUCUGCAAACAGCCCAAGUGCGUGACUUUCUGUGCAUUCGAGCUCUCUGCGUCCAGCUUAUUCAACUCCAGAUGUGUGAUGGUGCCGCACAUCG